GGAACCACCGAACAAGAAUCGCCCCCCUCCCCACUCCCCCAAACCUCAAUCCCCUCCCAAAACACAGCGCGCGAAACCGAGCCGCCGCCCGCCGGUCGCCCCCGCCUGCGCGCGCCUCACCAUUUUCCCUUCGUCGCGGCGGCAUCUAAGGAGGAGAGAUGGCGCCGCUCGUGCCGCCGUCACAACCAUGGGUGGAGAAAUACCGGCCGAGGCAGGUGAAGGACGUCGCGCACCAGGAGGAGGUGGUCCGGGUGCUCACCAACACCCUCGAGACCGCCGACUUGCCGCACAUGCUGUUCUACGGUCCGCCUGGCACGGGGAAGACCACCACUGCGCUCGCCAUUGCCUACCAGCUCUACGGCCCAGAGCUCUACAAGGCAAGAGUUUUGGAACUUAAUGCCAGUGAUGAACGGGGAAUUAAUGUGGUGAGGACAAAGAUCAAGGAUUUUGCUGCUGUGGCUGUUGGUUCUGCACGGAAAGGUGGUUAUCCCUGCCCACCAUACAAGAUUAUUAUACUAGACGAAGCAGAUUCGAUGACAGAAGAUGCCCAGAAUGCAUUGAGGCGUACUAUGGAGACUUACUCUAAAGUGACAAGAUUCUUUUUCAUAUGCAAUUAUAUCAGCAGGAUAAUAGAGCCACUUGCAUCAAGAUGUGCAAAGUUUAGGUUCAAGCCUCUUUCAGAAGAUGUGAUGAGCAAUCGCAUUUUGCAUAUAUGCAGUGAAGAAGGGCUCACUCUGGAUGCUCAUGCGCUAUCCACAUUAAGUACCAUCUCUCAAGGAGAUCUUCGUCGUGCUAUAACUUAUCUUCAGAGUGCAGCUCGCUUAUUUGGAUCUUCUAUUUCUUCCAGCGACCUGAUUAGUGUUUCAGGGGCUAUCCCUGAAGAUACUGUCAAGUCAUUGCUUGUAGCAUGCAAAUCUGGUGAAUUUGAUGUGGCAAACAAGGAAGUUAGCAAUAUUAUUGCAGACGGAUAUCCAGUUUCCCAGCUGCUCUCGCAGUUUCUAGAUGUGAUCGUUAAUGCGGAUGAUAUUCCAGAUGAGCACAAGGCAAGAAUAUGUAGAAAGCUUGGGGAAGCUGAUAAGUGCUUGGUCGAUGGGGCAGAUGAGUAUUUACAGCUCUUAGAUAUGGCUAGUGAGACAAUCCGUGCGCUGUUUAACAUCCCGCAAGGGCUGGUCUUCUAAGAGAAGAUGAUGGAGAUGAACGGUGAUACUGCUUGUCUUCUAAGAGAAGAUGAUGGAGAUGAACGGUGAUAUUGCUGCCGGCUGUCUGCAAACUCUGGCAAAUAUAUCUUGCGUCUCCUUCCCGUCAAAGAGGCAUAACCUCAUUCUCAUCAUACUCUUGUGCUAUUUUUAGGUUGGUUUGUGAUGUUUUAAGUGUGAUGAAUUCACUCUGUUUCUCAACCAAUUGAAUUGUGCGUGAAUAGUGUCAACGAUCACAAGAAUAGUUCUGACU